UCUGGCAAAUUUGGUGCGGGUUGUAGUGAGGAAUGCCACUGUACAUCAGGAUUCUGUAACCAGUAUACUGGAGUGUGUACCGGUACCGGUGGUUGCGCAUCUGGAUGGUCUGGAAGUAACUGUCAAGUUCCAAGCACUUGUCCCGUUGGCUAUUUCAGCACAUCGUGUACAUCAAUUUGCCAUUGCCGUGAUAAUGUUCAAUGUGAUAAGAAUACUGGUGUAUGUAGUAAUGGACUGUGUGCAAUAGGAUACCAUACAUAUGACAAUUUAUUUUGUGAAGCCUGCCAAUCUGGAAGCUAUGGCUACUACUGUGCUUCUACCUGCAAUUGUGAUUCUGCCUCAUGUCAUUUUGAAACUGGAUGUAAUGGUGGUUGCCUUGAUAAUUGGUUGUUACACUCAUGCACUACAGGAAUUUCUGCAUCUUCCAACACAAAAGUUAAUCCAAGUCAGAUGUCCACAUUCCAAUGUGACAUUCAAGGUAAUGUGGAUGGCAUUACCAUUCAGUUUCUUAUUGGCAGUCAACCUGCUUCAGAAACUGUACGCACAGAAUCAAAUGGAGUUACAAGAGUUAAAUUUACCGGUGAAGCAAAUCCUGCUGUUACGUAUGUCUGCACACUUGCUAAGGAAUCUUAUACAGCAUAUGCAGAUCAUUCACUUAAUAUCUUUGUAUUACCAACGUACACUGGACAGCCAAGCUCACUGACGAGUACUGGAUCAUCAGUGGAAUUGAGAUGGAGGAACUGGAGUACCAGUAGUGGAGAUAGUGGUGAUGGUCCCGUUAUUGGAUAUGUUCUAUAUUACAGACGAUCUUCAUCAUCUGGGCUCUGGAGCCACAUACCUCAAGACAACAGUCUUACAGCCACAGUGACUGGUUUACGGUGGGAAGAAGAAUAUGUCUUUGCUAUAGCAGCGGUCAGGGAAGGUGCUGGGGGUGAAGGUCCAAGGGGAAGUAAUGAGCUAACUGUAUCAACAAUCUGUGGAGAACCAUCAGCACCGGUAGUCGAAGCAAAUUCAAGUUAUAAGUUACCUAAAAGGAUCAACAUUGUUUUGCAACGAUUAACGAUUACGGAAGCCAAGUGUUCAACUGGUGUAGAGCGUUAUACGAUAUCUUAUAGACCUGUUAAUACAGACGUGUCCAUGAUCACUGAGAAAACGACAAUUGAUGAUUUAUAUACAAUAAUGGAACUUGAAAUAUACACAGAAUACAUCAUCUCUGUAACAGCAAGUAACAAGGAUUUUGCUGGGAUGGCAAGAGUGGUACAAGUGUUCUCACCUGAAGAGAUACCUCCAGUUCCAGGAGUCUCAGCAACACAGGAUGGUUCAUUCCUUACCGUUUCUGUGUACCCAUCUGAGUCAUUCAACAGAAAUCUUUAUGGGAAUAUAAUUGGUUUUGAUGUGAGAUACAGAUCAAGAAAUAGCGAAGAGUGGAAGAACCAAACGCUUACAGCAGACCAAGGGAUCUACGGCUACAAAAUAUCAAGUGUGGUAGAAGAUGCAAAGUAUAAAGUUAUUGCUAGAGUAGUCAAUGGGGCUGGUGUGGGAAACUGGAGCCCAUUUUUCACCGCUGAGCAAAGUACAGGAUCAUCAAUCCCGGGAUUCAUGAUUGUACUAGUGGCUGCUCUUUCCAUCAUCAUCAUCUUUCUUAUUUCCUUAUUUGGCCUAUACUACAGAUGCAGCCAUCCAAAUGGGAACAAUACGCGUGAAGUCCAAGAUGACAAUCUGACAACAAAUAUUCGGGCAGUUGAAGACGCAACUGAACUUAAUAAUUAUGCCAACAUCGUUAGAGACGAUUUGAUAGAGCAGCAAUAUCAAAACGAUGUCAUCCAAACAAGGACUGAAAACACGUAUGAUUAUGCAAUUUCACAGACCAGUGGACGUGAGGUCUAACUACUCCCAGAAGAAAACAUUCAAGUUACCAAAACAAAAUCGAUCCUUAUCAAAUCCCCUUGAAGUGUAUGGGACAUGAAUAUGAGUAAUGCUUUUCCUCAAUAUACCAACAUAAAAUAUUUACUCUGCGAUAUCUAAUAAGUGUUUAUUAGUAUCUGAAUGUUUACCGCUUGCAGUUUAUUUUAAAAUGUAUGCUAAUGGACAAAACUGAGAGGUAAUUCAUGUCAUGGGUUCCUCUCUUCUUCUUAGCUUUGGUAAGUCCUAGGACAAGAAUGCAAAACAUGUUUGCAUACACAUUUUAUUAAUAACAAUAUUAAAAAUGAUAAUAAAUAAGAAUGAAGCUGAUGAUUCAAAAUAUAAAUAUAAUCGUUAUAAUGACUAAAGUUAUAUAAUUCUUCUGUCGUUAAGAUCCGCCUAUUUAAAUAGUUAUUUUGGUUCUUUCGAAAUUUAAAUUUUGAAACGUAGAAUUAAGUGAUGUAUCUAGUUGUUAAGGUUGUUUGCUUGUUUUAUAAUUAAUUUGUGGUUUUACUUUUAAGGUUGUUUGCUUGUUUUAUAAUUAAUUUGUGGUUUUCAUUUAUCUCACUGUUUUUGGUUCCAUUCUGUAACUUUCGGGCUCCCUGCCUUCGGAUGCAAACAAUUAAAAUAAAAAAAAUGUUAUCAUUAAUUACUUUCAGUGAAAAGCCGUUUCCUUUGUUCUGAUUCGCUGUCUCAGCUCUCUGAGUACGAGAUGCAAUCUUCGACAUUACCUUUGCCAAUAUAUAUCGCUUUGAAUACAACUACGGCACAUUGAGAAAGACGACCACCAUGCUACUGCUAACUAAAAAUCAAGAAAAACAUAACGAAAUUAGUUGUUUGCAUGUACAGAGGCUAAUUUUGUUGGGAGGAUGCUGUCAAACUAGACACCAGAAAUUAUAAUGGUACGAGAGGAUUUAAAGUAUUUUGUUACCAUAUUGGUGGAAACGUCUGAUUAUUCAGGACUAUCAAGUUUGCAAUGACUAAAAAUUCUGUGUUUUCUUUAAGAGAAGCAUAUAUUAACGAUAUCCAUUUUAAGAAGCCAUGCAGAAAGUGGGCCUAGAGAGAGCAGGGUUUUUUUUUUAAAUAUUUGAUGAUGAAUUUAUGAAUUUCCGGCUGAUCAGAGAAAGUAGACAUUUCGUAAGAGGAUUUGAUUAAGUUUUGUUUCCAUACAAUCGCUACACAUUAUCGCCGAUAGAUUUCGGUGAUGCUGAUUGGUCGGUCGAAUCAGAGAGCCUUCCUGAUUGUGUCGGGGGAUUGCUACGCAGUACAACGAUUACACUGAAAACACUGUAGCGACAAUGUAGCGAUUUUAAGGAAACCAGGCUUUAGGGACGUUACGGUACCCAGAAUAACAUUCAUUAUGAAGCAUG